AUGGACCUCCUUACUACCGUGGACGAAUGCGAGAACUCAGAAAUAGCCCAAUGGUAUUCCGGUAAAAAUGUACUUAUAACCGGCGCCACAGGAUUUAUGGGAAAAGUGUUAGUGGAGAAGUUGUUGCGCAGUUGCUCAGGUGUCAACAGGAUUUAUCUGCUGAUCAGAUCAAAGAAAGGUGUUGACCCUUUGGCACGCAAGGAUCAAUUUCUUAAAUGCGUGAUUUUUAACAAAGUGUUGAAGGAAAAUCCUGAUAUCGUGAAUAAGAUCCAAGUUGUCAAAGGUGAUGUGAUGGAUUAUGGCCUGGGCUUGAGCGCAAAUGACACCAACGAAUUGGUAUCGAAUGUUGAAGUGAUAUUUCAUUGUGCUGCUAAUGUAAGAUUUGACCAGCCACUUCGACCAAUGGUGCGAAUGAAUGUUGCCGGUACAUUGAAGGUACUCCAGUUAGCAGAAACAAUGGCAAACCUCAAAGUUAUCAUACACGUAUCUACGUCAUAUUGUCAGUGUAAUGAAAGCGUUCUGGAGGAACGUGCCUAUCCAGCGCCACAAAAUCCUUACGAUGUAAUAAAAAUGGUGGAAGAAAUGAAUGAUGAAGAUUUGAAGGAAAUAACACCAAGACUGCUUAAUGGACUUCCGAACACCUACGCCUACAGCAAAGCACUUACUGAGGACCUGAUAUGUCGAUAUGGAAAAAACUUACCUAUAAUUAUUACUCGACCGUCAAUUGUCACCGCAGCAAUCAAGGAACCUCUGCCCGGUUGGAUAGAGGGCGUUAACGGACCCACCGGUUUAAUGAUUGGAGCAGCACGCGGUAUUAUUCGCUCAAUGCAUUGCAAUCCUGAAUACUCAUCGACAGUCAUACCAGUGGAUAAAGCUAUUAAUGGCAUGAUAGUAGCGGGUUACAAACGUAGCAAAUCAAAGGAAAAAGGCUCUAUAGAAUUUUGUAAUCUUUGCAUUUCGAAGAAAGCCUUAUUUUCUUGGGGUGAAAGCAUCGAGACUGGAAAAAGAUUUUUCUACGAAUUCCCGCUCAGUUAUGCAUUAUGGUUUCCAGAUGGAUCGAUCAAAAAGAGCUAUUAUCAUCAUCUAUUCUGCGUGAUUUUAUUUCAUUAUCUUCCGGCAUACAUCAUCGAUUUUUUAUUACUAAUUGUUGGACGAAAACCUUUUAUGGUGCAUAUACAAAAUAAGAUAUCAACGGGACUUAAACUAUUGCAGUACUACACCACUAAGGACUGGGAUUUUCGCAACGAGAAUUUCCAACGCUUAAGUGAUAACCUAAACCAAACAGAUCAGGAGUUGUUUGACACAUCCGUAGGUCAAGUGAAUUGGGAGCAAUACAUACGAGGCUACAUAAUCGGUAUGAGAACGUACAUACUUGGCGAAAAUGAAGAGACAAUUCCGAAAGCGAAGAGGGUGUUGCGCAGAUUAUAUAUUUUAGAUCGCAUAACCACAUACACGUUUUAUAUAUUAGUUUUUUGGUUCUUGUGGGCUCAUUUAGAAGGCUUUUUGGAGCAGAGCGAUGCAAUAAUACGAUCUUCUCUGCAGAUAAUUUACAAAGACUACAACAAAACUGUGCAUUUGUAGUUUAAAUGUUUGAAAGUGACCUGUUUAAUUUUUUGUUGUUUACUAAAUACUACAUUACUUUGUAUAUAUUUACAUAUAUAUGUCGGUAUGUGUCUACAUACAUAUACUCUUUAAAUUCAAGAAAUACACAUCUAUACAUAAACCUAUUCCAGGUAUACAUGCACAGGUACUAUAUGUACCUUAUUAAAUCUAUAUACAUAUGUUUGUGUGUAUGUAUGUAUGAUUUCGAAUAUUAGUCAGUAAAACUAAAUACAACUCAAAGAUUAAAUAAACAUAUUGCCAUUUGAAGUACCAAGAUUCUUGCCAAGAA